UUUCGUGGAUCAACUAUUUGACGACAUAAAAAAUCAAGAGCUUGGCAAAUUACAAGGAAAUUGAUUAGCAAAAAUCGAGCAACACAUCCUCCAAUCGACUGUAACAUUGCAAAGUUACUUUUGUUCUUCUAGGCAGCAAUCUUUAUUAAGGCAUGCUUGGUUCUGUCGGUAAAAAAAUCACAUUUUUAUCUGCACUAGACGUCAGAAGCAGAGGCUGUGCCAUUCAGGGGCGUCCAUCGGAUGAUCGACCGGAUGAUCGUGUCCGAACUGAAGUUCUUGUUGAAUCAACGUUUGACCCUAAAACAAGCUCGACAAACUCACGCCGCCGUCCUCGUCCGCAAGUUUCAUCACCUCCAGCCUCUUUUGGUGCAUCAGCUUCUCGUUUCUUCUCGAGGUUACUCUUUCGAUUUGCUUCAAUACGUGAAGUCGAUCCUUCGUCACGCGGGAAGCCCGGAUUCCUUCUCGUGGGGUUGUUUGAUUCGCUUCCUAUCUCAGCAUGGCCAAUUCAGAGAGGCCGGCUCUGCGUAUUGCGAAAUGCAGGCGCUUGGGUUGUGCCCGAGCACGUUCGCCGUUUCUUCUGCUCUGAGAGCAUGUGCUAGGACUGAGGAUAUUGUGGGGGGGAGGUUGGUUCAUGCCCAGGUCAAUAAGUAUGGGUUCAGUGGCUGCGUCUACGUGCAGACAGCGCUUGUGGAUUUGUACUCGAGAUUGGGCGAAAUGCAAACCGCCCAGAAGGUAUUUGAUGAAAUGCCCGAAAGAAAUGUUGUUUCUUGGAAUUCGAUUUUGUUUGGGUACUUGAGAUUGCGAAAUCUUGAUAUGGCACGAAACCUUUUUAGUGAGAUUCCGGAGAAGGAUGUUAUAUCUUGGAACUCGAUGAUUUCUGGGUAUGCCAAAGCAGGGGAUAUGAAGCACGCAGGAGAAUUGUUUCAGCAGAUGCCCGAAAGAAAUUCAGCUUCUUGGAAUGCUAUGCUUAGUGGAUAUGUUGAUUGUGGGAACAUUGAAUUGGCUCGAGAACUUUUUGAUGCUAUGCCCCAAAGAAGCAAGGUUUCUUGGAUUGCAAUGAUCGGUGGCUACUCGAAAUGUGGGGAUGUUGAGUCAGCUUGUCUUCUCUUUGACCAAUUGGGAAAGAAGAAUCUGCUUUCAUAUAAUGCCAUGAUAGCAUGCUAUGCUCAAAAUGGCAGACCCACAGAAGCCCUUCAAAUAUUCAAUGGCAUGAUUGAGUGCGGUUUGGAAAUUGUUCCUGAUAAAAUUACGUUUUCCAGCAUUAUAUCAGCUUGUUCACAGCUGGGAGAUUUGAAGCUUGGGUCAUGGAUUGAACUGCAGAUGGAGAAGCUUGGUAUAGAGAAGGAUGACCAUUUGGCUACAGCUUUGAUUGACUUGCAUGCUAAGUGUGGAAGUAUCCAUAAGGCAUACGAGCUGUUCAACAGCUUAAAGAAGAAGGAUGUGGUUGCUUAUUCAGCAAUGAUUCUAGGAUAUGCUGUAAAUGGUAAGGCAGUUGAUGCAAUACAACUGUUUGAAGAGAUGGCGGAUGCCCAUAUAUGCCCUAAUUCAGUCACUUUCACUGGAUUAUUAACUGCCUAUAGCCACACCGGUUUGGUUGAAGAGGGAUACAGAUCCUUCAACUCCAUGAAGAACUAUGGUCUUGUGCCUUCAGCUGACCAUUAUGGAAUGAUGGUUGAUCUACUGGGCCGGGCUGGGCAUUUAGAAGAUGCAUAUAAUCUAAUAAAGACCAUGCCUAUGCAGCCCCAUGCUGGUGUUUGGGGAGCUCUGCUUCUUGCUUGCAGAUUACACAACAAUGUAGAGAUAGGUGAGAUUGCAGCUCGGCAUUGCUUUAAAUUGGACCCAGAUAGAGCUGGUUAUCAGUCUCUGCUUUCCAACAUUUAUGCAUCCGUUGGGAGGUGGACUGAUGUGAAGCAAAUGAGAGAGGCUGUGGAGGAGAAGGCAUCAGCCAAAAUUCCUGGCUAUAGUUGGGUGGAGUCCACUUAGGUCAUCCAUGCCUCAAGUAUUGCUCAUUGGAGGCUUGUAGGCCGUCGACUCCAAGUAUAGCACCUCUUGUUGGGUGUCCACCAUCUUUCUUAUCACGAGUCUCACAUAUCUCAGAUUUCCGGCAUUUAUGAUGACUUGAUUUGUUUAUGAAUUGUUCGAGUCAGAAGCCAGUCUAAGUCAGCUUAAGCAAACCAAGCCAGAGUUUUGACUCUGACUUUAGUGCAAGUUUUGUACAAGGAAUAGAUGUGAAUUAUCAGCAUGGAGUCAUGGGAAUUUCAUGGGUUGUCUUUAGAAAAUAUUUAA